UAUCUGACUUAUUGCAUCCAGUCGAGGGCACAUUUUUUCUCUUUAUUCCUGGAGCCAAGAUGGGUCGCGAACUACAAAAGAAAAAGAAUAGAUCGGCAGUGCCGAAGGUCAGGCGCAAGCGCAAGACUUUGCCUCACGGCAAUAAAAAGAUCGAUGUGCUGGGCAAUGCCCUCAUCGCGGAGAACUGGGAUAAGAAAUUGACACUCAUACAAAAUUACCGCCGACUAGGUCUGUCAUCGCGCCUGAAUGCCCCCACCGGUGGUGUCGAGAAGCGAACAGGAGGAAAUCCUAUCGAAACGACCUCUGAUUCUCUUCACAUUAAUGGAAGCGCCAAAGCCGCUGCUACAAAUCUUUCCCUGGGCGAAGCCCGUGUCGAGAGGGACCCAGAGACCGGCAAGAUCCUGCGCGUCAUCAACGAUAAUGAGAUCGAGGUUGCGGGGCGCAAAGUCCGAAGAGACAACCCACUCAACGAUCCAUUGAACGACCUAUCAGACCUGGAAGAGGAAGUGCGGACAAGACGCCAGGUCUCAGAAAACCCUAUCGUGAGGCAAUUGGAGCUGCAGGCAGCUCAGGAAGAGGAGCUAGUGAAGAAAAAGAAGCCUCGUCAGCAAAGUACCCGGGAACAAGAGUGGAUUGAGCGGUUGAUCAACAAGCACGGUGAUAAUAUUCAGGCCAUGGUCAGGGACAGGAAGUUGAACCCUAUGCAGCAAACCGCAGGUGAUAUCGGGCGGAGGAUUAAGAAGUGGAAGCAAAGUCAUAGUCAGCAAUAAUGUUUCUUCUGCUGCUGCAUAUCUGAAUUAAAUUGGGCGACACGGGCGUUAGGGUCAUGGUCAAAAGUCUAGUACAUAAAUGGGUCCUUAUAGAAUCCUUAUCAUCUGCUUCUGGAGUGCUUUGCCCUUUUUCUAGUCUUACCAGAGAUGGUGCCCAUAUCCGCGGGUACCCAUGGUAGACUCCAUCUGUCUAAAUGUUCUGCGCUGUAUGGUGCAUCCUUGAAGGCGCUUGCGUAGGUCAUUGCUAAUGAUAUCAGCCACUAUAUACCUCAAUAUCACUGCAUCACUCUCAC